GCUAAAGGAAGGUAUUCUUUUUGAGAAAGGCUCAAUAUCGGCCGAUGAAUUCGUGACAGAAACGUGGCUGCAAUUAGGCGUCCCAGAAAAUCCCGACCAGCCCUACGAUGAGUCAUAUUUCCGGCAUCUAAUCAGCUGGUACGAACAUAGAAACGAUCCCAAUGUUUUCCUGUUGUUUUACGAAGAAAUGGUAGAAGAUAUAGUAUCUGUAGUACAAGCACUUGCCGACUUUCUGGACCUAAAGGAAGAGAAAAAUAUACGAGCAGCCUUGCAGAACAGCUCUUUUGAUGUCAUGAAAUCAAACUGGCAGAAGUUUAGUAUAGAAAAGUCAAGUACAGAUUCUGAAUCUCUUACCGGUACCAAACCUUUGCGUUUGCAGUUUAGCAUUGUCGGCACUGGUAAGUCAGCAAUAGAAGCACAGAGUGGUCUUUCUGAUGAAGUGAAGGCAACAAUACAAGAAUAUUGGAAUAAAGAUAUACUCAGUGUUAGCGGUUGUAUAACAUACGAGGAGUUGAGGCGCAAAGUACGACGAGAAAGACCUCUGAACACUGCAUCUGGAUGCCUAUAA